AUGGUUAUUAGCGGGUCCCAAGCGAACCUUGCGUCGAGAAUUGUCAGCCUCGCGCCUUCCACCCCACGCCUCACCACCAACGACAAUCAAACAAGGUUGCAGCUUCGGUCCUCGAGUUCAUCUGCCUCAAGCACCAGACCCAAUUGUUUGACGCAUAGACGAAGCGCCACAAUGGCCACGGGAAACAUGCAUCAUUCUUGGGGCAGCAAGAACCAGGCCCCUUCGCAAACAGUCCAUACCACUACCGCCCUCAACCGCUGGUCUGUGGCGGACAAACAGCUACCUUCGGUGGAUAAAAUCAAAACGAUUCACGUCUACGACUUUGACAAUACCCUCUUCAACUCCCCUCUACCGAACCCGAAGAUAUGGAAUGGACCGACGAUUGGCCUCUUUCAGACCCAGGAUGUCUUUGCAACUGGAGGCUGGUGGCACGAUGUCCGCAUCCUCGCAGCGACAGGCGAAGGAGCCGAGCUCGAACAGAAACGUGGGUGGGCGGGCUGGUGGAACGAACAGAUCGUGCAGCUGAUACAAUUGAGCAUGCAACAAGAGGAUGCGCUCACCGUUCUUCUUACCGGGCGCUCUGAGCACGGUUUUGCGGAGUUGAUAAACCGGAUGGUGGCGAGCAGAGAGUUGGCAUUCGACAUGGUCGUACUGAAGCCCAAAGCAGGGCCGAACAACCAGCGAUUUGGCAGCACGAUGCUGUUCAAGCAAGCCUUCCUUGAGACACUGAUGGAGACAUAUAAAGUGGCCGACGAGAUACGCAUCUACGAGGACCGAGUCAAGCAUGUUAAAGGCUUCAGGGAUUUCUUCAUGGACUACAAUAAACGUCAAAACGGCAUUGGCGGAUACCCAACGCGCGGUCCCAUAACAGCAGAGGUUAUUCAAGUCGCAGACAGUGCGACGCUUCUCGAUCCAGUUAUAGAGGCCAGUGAGAUCCAGCGGAUAAUUAACGAUCACAACGCCGCCGUGACCAAAGGCACGGCUGCAGUGCGGUCAAAACGGUUGUGCAUCAAGGAAACGGUUUUCUACACGGGCUACCUAAUUACGCAGCCCGACACGCAGAAACUACUGAGUCUAGUUCACCCUCCGCAAAACAUGCCCGAGAGCGAGCUCAAGUACCUGGCAAAUAACAUACUCAUCACGCCGCGUCCGGCGCCAAAUUCGAUUCUGGACAAAGUGGGUGGCAUCGGUAACAAGCUUCUCUGGGAAGUGACUGGUACAGCUAGUUUCGAAUCGAAAGUCUGGGCCUGUUCUGUGCGUCCCGUGCCGCAGUCCUCAAAGUUCUACACUGAGAACCCGGUACCCAUUGUUGUGUUGGUAUUGCGCAAGGGCGCGCGUCCAAUUGAUGCUGCGAAGAUACAAAACUGGCAACCAGUGCCACCUGAGAAGCAGUUUAUUUUUGAGACGACAGUUGGAGAGAAGGUGCUGUUACGCGUUGAAGAAGAGGAUAAGCAGGAAGGCGAGUACGAAAGCCUGUUCCCCAAUAAGUCGCAUAAGCGAAAGCAUAUUAAUGACGAUGGGGUGCCACGGGGCCCCAGCGGGCGUGGUGGACACAGAAAUGAUCACCGAGAUGGAGGGGGUAGAGGUGGGAGGGGAGGUUUUAAUCAACCGCGGCACCAGCAAGGGCGUGGAGGAGGAAGAGGUGGAAGAGGUGCAGCACCUGCUCCUGGACGAGGGAGAGGACGAGGUGGUCACGACUAUCGGAGCCUAGAUGACGUUGGAAGUCAAGUGCAACAGGGCCAUGCUGCAGGUAUUACAUACGAAGACUUCCCAUCAGUACCAACGGCAUAUCAAAGGCAGCAGACCGAGGGUCAAAGGAUGAAGCAAGGCGAAUAUGGUCGGGUGCCAUCUGGUCCACAAGGACAGGGGAGAGGAGGUGGAGGAGGCCUGGGACAGUAUUACUGA